AUGCCAUUUGUAUAUUUUAAAGGUUAUCUGUUCGACGCUAUUGGUAUCUGUAAGAUUUAUCCGUCUGAUUUCAUUGGUUAUAAACUUAUAACCAAUAAGACAUUCUUCAAUCAAUUUCCAUAG